AUGAUUAAGGUAAAUUUAAGAGACCUUUCUCCAAACUUGAGAUCGCCUUAGUUAUAAUUUGAUAAAACAGAAGAACUUGUUAGAUAAAAUAGAGAGCUUACUCUAAAGUUACAGUCACUUCAAACUUAAAAUGAAAGAAUAAGAAUGAAGAAAAUUUAAUCUCUCAUGCAAAGUGAAAAUGUGAGUGUACAGAACAGCAACAGAAAAUAUCUAAAAGCAUUAAUUGAUAGAUCAGAUGCAAAGAGAAACAAAGAGAGCUAAAAUUCUUUUGAAAAAUUAAAAAGUUCAAUGGAAGGUUCAAUUGAGGGUCGAAUGAAAGAUUAAUUUGAGCCUCAUGGCUCAUUCAAUAUAUUGAAGCCUAUUUUGAAUAAUAAUAACAGUUAUAAGUAAAGUCUUGAACCUAGUCGCAGAGAUUUUGAUGCUACAAGCUAGAAUUCGCAUUAUAAGCCAGCAUAAUUUAUCGGAACAGAUUAGAAAAAGAACAAGGUGACAGAGUUACUAGAGACGUCACAAGACAAACUUAGGGAUAAAUAGGAUAGGUAAAUAGUAUUUAAAGAAUAUGAUGAAAUAUUCAAUGAAAUAUAAAAUGAACAGCAGCUUUACAGGCCUGAUAUAAAGAGAGCUAAGCAGAGAAUCAUUGAAAGAUCUAAAAAGGAUAGAGAGUACCUACUCAAAAAGUUGAGACUGCCAGAAUUUGACAUUCAUGAAAAAGUAGAAGUUAGAAUAGAUGAAGAUAUGCAAGAAGAUGAGGAGGACAAGGACCAUAAGGACUUGAAGUUAAAUGUACUAAGAAUUAUCAUUUUAAUAAAUAGAAAAAUAAGAAAGAAUAAAAUGCUUAAAGUUGUUGUAAGGGUGAUUCUAAUGUUUAACUAGCUCUUAUUUGAAGUAAGAAGGCAGCGUAUGAGACAAAGAAUUCAAUUUUUUGACGAUUUCAAUAAAGCUCUCCCUCUUUACAAUGAGAUAUUCUAAUUUCAAGAAGAAAAACUUGACUUUAUGGAAGAAGGUUUUACCAGCCAGGCUAAAAGAUAAAGUCGGUUAAUGCAAAUUAGAAUCAGAGUGAAGUCGAUACUUGAUGGGCUAAUUGAAUAUUCAAUUCCGAAAACAUUUCCUUAACCAUUGCUUGUAUUUUUCUCAUCUUACUUUUCUGAAAAUACAUAUCAACCUGUUGAACAAUUCUCUAAAAUAGAGAUGAAACUGCUUAAGUUUGAUUAAUCUGGAGCAUUCAAUGAACUAGACUCUAAAUGCUAGAUGCUAGUCAUUGGAUCCUAUAUCUUUUGUAAAGUAUUAAUCAAUAAAAUUCUAUUCAAACCUAUUGAGAACGGAAUAACACAGACUUAAAAUCAAACAAUUUUAUGGAAUUUCAAGAUCAUUGGAAAUGUCAUACUUUCUCUAUUUUAGUACUUUAUUGCAUAGCUAUUCUCAGAAGAUUUAAUAAAUAUUGGAAUCGGAAAUCCUGCUUCAAAUGUUAUAGACUUGUGCAAAAUUAUCGAUUGGGGAUAUAAUUUCGAUGAUAAAACAUUGAGUCUAAAUGAAAUGCACUCGCUUUACUCUGAAGGCAAUAUAGAAUGGUUUUAGGAUAUGAUUGUGAAAAUAAGGAAAGUGCUUCAAUUAAUAAUAAUGAUGAUUAAAAAUAAGUAAUGA